CUGGAACAGACAAAGAGCUGCAGGAUGGACGGACACCUAACUUUGCUGCCAUUGGAUUACUGUACAACAGCAUGCCUGUAUGUUUGCCAGAAGCACUAGCAGAAGCAUUAUGGAAGUGAAAGAGCGCCGUCCAUACUGCUCACUUACCAAGGGCCGGAAGGAUAAAGAUGGACAAAACACUGGGAAGCGUGAGGACUGUGCGAUAGGUUCCCAGGGUCUCCGGGUCCCCACGCAGAAAUCCUACUCCUCCAGUGAAACCCUCCGGGCCUUCGACCAGCACCAGGAGCAGGCCAGGUUACUAUAUGGUACAAUCAAAGGCCACAAGGACAUGGUUCAUUGUGAGCAGGAUGAUUAUAAUAGACAAGGUCAACAUUUCAGCCUCCAUCAGCUGGGGAUUUGUGAGCCGCCACCGCCCCGUCGUGGCCUUGCGUUCUGCUCUGAUAUCGGCCUUCCCCGCCACGGCUUCUCCGUGGGCACGGCCCAGGAAUUAGACGGAGACAGCCAGGCUGUGAUGUCCCCGGACCACGUCAUGCGACUGUGGGGCCACGGAGGUUUGGGUAAACCAUCGGGGAGGACGUCCUGCCUGUCCAGCCGGUCCAACUCUGUGCUGACUCUCACGGACACGGAGCACGAGAACAAGUCAGACAGCGACAAUGAGCAACCGUUGAACCACCAUGGGUCAGCUCUGCCCCCGGUGCCCCCCCCUCACCGCCAGCAGCCCCUGGUAACGGCUCUGAACCAGGCCCUGGGCUCCACGCAUCAUCGCUCCGCCCAGUCGUCACGGCAACUGACCCCGCCCACCGGCAGCCCGGCCCCCGCGGCCGGCCAAUCACCAGCCGAGCUGCAGACCACGCCCCCGGAGAGCGUCCCGCUGCAGGACAGCUGGGUGCUGGGCAGCAAUGUGCCACUGGAAACCAGGCACUUCCUGUUUAAGACCGGUACCGGCACCACCCCCCUGUUCUCCACGGCCACGCCGGGCUACACCAUGGCCACGGGCUCCGUGUACUCCCCCCCCCACCCGGCCUCUGCCAGGAACACCCUGGCCCGCUCCGCCUUCAAGUUCAAGAAGUCCUCCAAGUACUGUUCAUGGAGAUGUACAGCCCUCAGUGCAGUCGGCCUCUCUGUGCUGCUCUCCGUCCUGCUCUGUUACUGCAUCGCGAUGCACCUGUUUGGUCUGAACUGGCAGCUUCAGGAGAACGAGGGUUAUGGAGCAUUUGCCAACGGAGGAGGUGAAAGAGAUGCAACUCCAAACACUUUUGUUGUGUCUGCAGACAGUGGUAAGAUGUUUCUUCUGGAGAAUAACACUAUAGACACUGGAGAGGUGGACGUGGGGAGGAGAGCCGUACAGGAAGUUCCACCAGGUGUGUUUUGGAGGUCCCAGCUCUAUAUCGACCAACCACAGUUCUUGAAAUUCAACAUCUCCGUCCAGAAAGAUGCACUGGUCGGCGUGUACGGGAGGAAAGGCUUACCGGCCUCACACACACAGUAUGACUUCGUAGAGCUGCUAGACGGCAGUCGGCUCAUUUCCAAAGACAAACGCGCCCUGAGUGAUUCAGACUCGGUCUACACUCACGUAGCGGGUUUUCACGACGACGAGUCUGGGGGAGGAGGCCGAUACAGACGCUCCGUAAACUCGGUGGAGGCCGGAUUCAUCCAGUAUCUGGACACGGGAAUCUGGCAUUUGGCCUUUUACAACGACGGACAUAACACAGAGCAAGUGUCUUACAAUACCAUCAUCAUAGAAUCAAUUAUGGAGUGCCCUCAGAACUGUCACGGAAAUGGCGACUGCCUCUCAGGAAUAUGCCACUGCUUCCCUGGAUUCCUGGGACCCGACUGCUCUCGAGCAGCCUGCCCGGUCCUGUGCAGCGGGAACGGCCAGUACUCCCGCGGACGCUGCCAGUGCUACAGCGGCUGGAAAGGCACGGAGUGCGACGUUCCGUCCAACCAGUGCAUCGACAUCCACUGUGGAGGACACGGAAUCUGCAUCAUCGGAGCCUGCAUCUGCAAUACUGGUUACAAGGGGGACAACUGUGAGGAAGUGGACUGCAUGGACCCCAGCUGCUCCGCCCACGGGGUGUGUGUUCACGGGGAGUGUCGCUGCCAGCCGGGCUGGGGCGGGGCCGCCUGUGAAAUCCCCAAGGCCAUGUGUCCGGACCAGUGCUCGGGCCACGGCACCCACAACGCCCAGACCGGCACCUGCUCCUGCGACCAGAACUGGACCGGGGAGGACUGCUCUCUCGAGGUGUGUGAGAUCGACUGCGGCAGCCGCGGCAUCUGCUACGCCGGCGUGUGCCGGUGCGAGGAGGGCUGGACGGGCAGCGUGUGCGACCAGAAGGCCUGCCACCCGCUCUGCAGCAAGAACGGCCUGUGCAAAGACGGGAAGUGUGAGUGUGACCAGGGAUGGACAGGGGAGCACUGCAACAUCGAGGGCUGUCCCGGGCUCUGCAACAACAACGGCCGCUGCACCCUGGAGUCCAGCGGGUGGCACUGCAUCUGCCAGCCGGGCUGGAGGGGGGCCGGCUGUCACGUCGCCAUGGAAACACUCUGCACCGAUGGCAAGGACAAUGAAGGAGACGGCCUGGCUGACUGCAUGGACCCGGACUGCUGCCUGCAGCCGUCCUGUGGGAGCCAGCUGUCCUGCAGGGGCGCCCCCGACCCCGGGGAGGUGCUCAGCCAGUCCCCGUCCUCCCUGGCCCCCCAGCAGGCUGCCAGAUCCUUCUAUCAGCGUUUUCACUUCCUGGUUGGCCCUGAAUCUACUCAUGUAAUUACGGGAGACGGGCCGUUCAAUAAAAGCUUGGUGUCAAUAAUCCGAGGGCAGGUCCUGACCUCUGAUGGAACCCCUCUGAUCGGAGUCAACGUGACGUUUGUCCACUACCCCGACCACGGAUACACAAUAACACGCAAAGAUGGCAUGUUUGACCUCCUGGCCAACGGCGGGGCGUCGUUGACGCUGAGUUUUGAGCGCGCUCCGUUCCUCACACAGUACAGAACCGUGUGGGUGCCAUGGAACGUCUUCUACGUGAUGGACACCCUGGUGAUGAAGAAGGAGGAGAACGACAUUCCCAGCUGUGACCUGAGCGGCUUCAUCAGACCCAGUCCCGUCAUCGUGGCCUCCCCUCUGUCUACGUUCUACAGAGCUUCCUCUGAAGACGGCCCCAUCAUACCGGAAACUCAGGUUUUACAAGAAGAAACGUCAAUACCAGGCAGUGAAAUAAAGCUCAUCUACCUGAGCUCCAGAGCGUCGGGGUAUAAACCCGUCCUCAAAGUCUCCAUGACACAGUCUUCCAUACCUUUCAAUCUGAUGAAGGUUCAUCUGAUGGUGGCAGUCGUGGGUCGGCUCUUCCAGAAAUGGUUUCCUGCUCAACCAAAUUUAUCCUACACCUUCAUCUGGGACAAGACGGACGCCUAUGGCCAACGUGUUUACGGACUAUCAGAAGCAGUUGUGUCGGUAGGGUUUGAGUACGAGUCCUGCCUGGACCUGAUCCUGUGGGAGAAGAGAACAGCCGUCCUGCAGGGAUAUGAGAUGGAUGCUUCCAACAUGGGAGGCUGGACGCUGGAUAAACAUCAUAUUCUGGAUGUUCAAAAUGGUAUACUGUAUAAGGGCAGCGGGGAGAACGUUUUCAUUUCUCUGCAACCUCCUGUCAUCAGCAGCAUCAUGGGAAACGGCCGUCGCCGCAGCAUCUCGUGCCCCAGCUGUAACGGGCAGGCGGAGGGCAACAAGCUGCUGGCUCCGCUGGCUCUGGCCUGCGGGGUGGACGGCAGCGUCUUCGUCGGAGACUUCAACUACAUCCGGAGGAUCUUCCCCUCCGGCAACGUGACCAGCGUCAUGGAGCUGAGAAACAAAGAUUUCAGGCAUAGCAACAACCCUGCUCACCGCUACUACCUGGCCACCGACCCGGUGACGGGCCAGCUCUACGUGUCCGAUACCAAUUCCAGAAGAAUCUACAGACCUAAAAUGCUCAGUGGAGCCCGGGACCUCAGCAGCAAUGGAGAAGUGGUGGCUGGAACUGGAGAACAGUGUCCUCCGUUUGACGAAGCGCGAUGUGGAGAUGGGAGGAAAGCUACGGAGGCCCAGCUGCUGGGACCCAAAGGCAUUGCCGUUGAUAAGAAUGGGCUGAUCUACUUUGUUGACGGGACGAUGAUCAGGAAGGUGGACGGUAACGGGAUCAUCUCCACGGUGCUGGGCAGCAACGACCUGACCUCUGCACGACCUUUGACCUGUGACACCAGCAUGCACAUCAGACAGGUUCGUUUGGAGUGGCCCACAGAUUUAGCCAUCAACCCGAUGGAUAACUCCAUAUACGUCCUGGACAACAACGUGGUGCUGCAGAUCACUGAAAACAGACAGGUCCGGAUCGUGGCGGGCCGGCCCAUGCACUGCCAGGUUCCAGGGAUAGAGUACACCCUGGGGAAGAGGGCGGUGCAGACCAUGCUGGAGGGAGCCGCCGCCAUCGCCCUGUCCUACAGCGGAAUCCUCUACAUCGCUGAGACGGACGAGAAGAAGAUCCACCGCAUCCGCCAGGUGUCAACAGACGGAGAAAUCACUCAUCUAGCCGGAGCCCCGUCUGACUGCGACUGCAAGAAUGAUGCAAAUUGUGACUGCUAUCAGACAGGAGAUGGCUACGCUAAAGAUGCCAGACUUAAUUGUCCUUCCUCUCUGGUGGUGUCUCCAGAUGGCACACUGUACCUGGCCGAUCUGGGAAAUAUUCGAAUUCGAGCCAUACAGCACAACCAAGCACCGACCGGCUUCCUGGCGUCGGGUCCCAGCUCCUACGAAGUGGCUUCUCCGGCCUCACAAGAACUCUAUGUGUUUGACACAAACGGGACCCAUCAGUUCACCAUGUCUCUGGUGACUGGAGAUUAUAAGUAUAACUUCAGCUACAGCAACGAGGAGGACGUUACCGCGGUGACGGACAGCAGUGGCAACACACUCCGUAUCCGCAGAGACACUAACAGGAUGCCUGUGCGUGUGGUCGCCCCCGACAACCAGGUUAUAUGGCUGACCAUCGGGACUAACGGAGGUCUGAAGACGCUCACUGCUCAGGGUCAGGAGCUGGUGCUGUUCAGUUACCACGGCAACAGUGGCCUGCUGGCAACCAAGAGCAUCCAAAUAGGAUGGACUACAUUCUAUGACUACGACAGCGAGGGUCGUCUCACCAACGUGACCUUCCCCACCGGGGUGGUCACUAAUCUCCAUGGAGACAUGUCGUCAGGAGCGGUUGCCGUGGACAUUGAGACAUCAGGGCGGGACGAGGACGUUUCCAUAACAACCAACCUGUCGUCGGCUGACUCUUUCUACACUCUAGUGCAGGACCAGCUCAGGAACAGCUACCAGGUCGGGAACGACCGCUCACUCAGGGUCAUCUACGCCAACGGGAUGGACACGCACUACCAGACGGAGCCGCACAUCCUGGCAGGUGCUGCUAACCCCACGGUCGCCCGUCGCAACAUGACUCUCCCGGGAGAGAACGGGCAGAACCUGGUGGAGUGGAGGUUCAGGAAGGAACAGACGCGAGGGAAAGUCAUCGUCUUUGGGAGGAAGCUGAGGGUGAACGGGAGGAACUUACUGUCCGUGGAUUAUGAUCGUUCGCUGAGAACAGAGAAGAUCUACGACGACCACAGGAAGUUCCUGCUGAAGAUCAUCUACGACACCCAGGGCCACCCCACGCUCUGGGUUCCCAGCAGCAAGUUACUGUCCGUCAACCUCACCUACUCCAGUUCGGGGCAGGUGACCGGCCUGCAGAGGGGUCCCACCACGGAGAGGUGGGAGUACGACACCCAGGGAAGAAUUACCACCAGAGUCUUUGCUGACGGAAAGAUCUGGAGCUACACUUAUCUAGAUAAGUCGAUGGUCAUGCUGCUGCACAGCCAGCACCAGUACAUCUUCGACUAUGACGCGGGGGAGCGUUUGUCAGCGGUGACGAUGCCCAGCGUGGCCCGACACACCAUGCAGACCAUCCGCUCCAUCGGCUACUACAGGAACAUGUACACCCCCCCGGAGAGCAACGCCUCCGUCACCGUGGACUACUCUGAAGACGGACAGCUCCUCAGGAUUGCCCAUCUUGGCACCGGCCGACGGAUACUCUACAAAUAUCGCAGACAGAACAAACUAUCGGAGAUUCUCUACGACUCCACACGAGUGAGUUUCACCUACGACGAGACGUCAGCCGUGCUGAAGACGGUGAACCUGCAGAGCGAAGGUUUCAUCUGCUCCAUCCGGAACCGGCAGAUCGGCCCGCUGGUGGACCGGCAGAUCUUCCGCUUCAGCGAGGACGGGAUGGUGAACGCUCGCUUCGACUACACGUACGACAACAGCUUCAGAGUCACCAGCAUGCAGGCCGUGAUCAACGAGACGCCGCUGCCCAUCGACCUCUACCAGUUCGAUGACAUUUCUGGGAAAGUGGAGCAGUUUGGAAAGUUUGGAGUCAUCUAUUACGACAUAAAUCAGAUCAUUUCCACGGCAGUGAUGACCUACACUAAACACUUCGAUCAACACGGCCGCAUCAAGGAGAUCCAGUAUGAGAUCUUCCGGUCCCUCAUGUACUGGAUCACCAUCCAGUACGACAACAUGGGCCGGGUCACCAAGCGGGAGAUCAAGAUCGGACCGUUUGCCAACACGACUAAAUAUGGAUAUGAGUACGACGUGGACGGGCAGCUGCAGACGGUCUACCUGAAUGAGAAGUUGAUGUGGAGAUAUAAUUAUGAUCUGAAUGGAAAUCUGCACUUGCUCAACCCGGGAAACAGCGGUCGGCUCACCCCUCUGCGCUACGACCUGAGGGACAGAAUCACUCGUCUGGGAGACGUCCAGUACCGGAUGGAUGAAGACGGAUUCCUGAGACAGCGAGGGGCAGAGAUAUUUGAAUACAACUCCAAAGGUCUGUUAACUCGUGUGUACAGUAAAGCAGCCAGUUGGACUAUCCAGUACCGCUAUGACGGUCUGGGUCGGCGCGUGGCGUCAAAAGUCAGUCUUGGCCAACACCUGCAGUUCUUCUACGCUGACCUGAACUAUCCAACAAGGAUCACUCACGUCUACAACCACUCCAGCUCCGAGAUCACGUCUUUUUACUACGAUCUGCAGGGCCAUGUGUUUGCCAUGGAGAUCAGCAGUGGAGAAGAGUUUUAUAUCGCCUGUGACAACACUGGGACGCCACUGGCUGUUUUUAGCAACAAUGGACUACUGCUAAAACAGGUGCAGUACACGGCGUAUGGCGAGGUUUACUUUGACUCCAACCCGGACUUUGUGCUUGUGAUUGGUUUCCACGGAGGCUUGUACGAUCCUCUGACACGACUGCUGCACUUUGGAGAACGGGACUACGACAUCCCUGCAGGGAGAUGGACGACUCCUGACAUCACCACCUGGAAACGUGUGGGGAGAGACCCCAAGCCCUUCAACCUGUACAUGUUCAGAGGAAACAACCCCGUCAGCAAGAUCCACCAGGUCAAGGAGUAUGUGACAGAUGUAAACAUCUGGCUGGUCACGUUUGGUUUCCACCUCCACAACGCCAUCCCAGGAUUCCCCAUCCCCAAGUUUGACCUGACUCAGCCGUCGCUGGAGAUGCAGAAGAGCCAGAUCUGGGACGACCUGCCGAGCAUCUCCGGCGUGCAGCAGGCCGUCACCUGUCAGUCCAACGCCUUCCUGUCCUUCGAGCGGAUGCCAGAGUUCCAGCUGAACCGCCGGCACUCGUACCAGGCCAAGCCCUGGCUGUGGUUCGCCACCGUCAAGUCUCUGAUCGGGAAGGGAGUGAUGUUCGCCGUGAUCCAGGGCCGCGUCGUGACCAACGCGCUGAACAUCGCCAACGAGGAUUGCAUCAAAGUGGCCGGCGUCCUCAACAACGCCUUCUACCUGGAGGAUCUGCACUUCACGGUGGAGGGCCGGGACACGCACUACUUCAUCAAGACCAGCCUGCCGGAGAACGACCUGAGCGCGCUGCGGCUCACCUCCGGCAGGAAGUCCCUGGAGAACGGCGUCAACGUCACCGUGUCCCAGUCCACCACCGUGAUGAACGGGAGGACGCGCCGCUUCGCCGAUGUGGAGCUGCAGCACGGAGCCCUGGCCGUGCACGUGCGAUACGGGACCACGCUGGACGAGGAGAAGGCCCGGAUCCUGGAGCACGCCCGGCAGAGAGCCCUGCUGAGCGCCUGGGCGCGCGAGCAGCAGCGCGUCCGGGACGGGGAGGAGGGAGUCCGGCUGUGGACGGAGGGAGAGAAGAGACAGUUGCUGAGCAGCGGCAAGGUCCUGGGCUACGACGGCUACUACGUGCUGUCCAUAGAGCAGUACCCGGAGCUGGCCGACAGCGCCAACAACAUCCAGUUCCUGCGCCAGAGCGAGAUCGGGAGAAGGUAACACGGCCCUGGACGUACGGUGGCCGAGACCCGCCGUCGCUGGAAAUAAAAGUUAACGCUGCAAGACAGAAACAAACGCAGCUGCAAAUAAAAUAAGCACUUAGCAAAUAAAAGAAACGCUGCAAAUAUAAAGAAACCCCGCUGCAAAUAAAAUAAACCCCGCUGCAAAUAAAAUUUAAAAAAUGACGCAAAUAAAAAUAAAAAAGCUACAACGGAAGUGAAUUACCGAAUUGCCGGGGGACUAUUUUUGCCGAUGCACCGGCGUUUUUGGCCUAACACAUUAAAAAUUACAUGUAGCGACGUUGAACACUAACCUUUUCACUUAUUUUCUCCUUCGUUGUUCUUCUUAUUCCUUGCUCUUCUUAUUUCUUCCUUUUCACUUACGUCCUCUUCGUCUUCUUCUUCUCCUCUCACGUAAAAACACUGGUGCAUCAGCAAAAAUAGUCCCCGGUAAUUCACUUCCGUUGUGGCUUUUUUAUUUGCGUUGUUUUUUUUUUAUUUGCAGCGGCGUUUCUUUAUAUUUGCAGCAUUUCUUUUAUUUGCAGCGGCGUUUGUUUUUAUUUGCAAAGCGUUUGUUUUUAUUUGCUGCGUUUAUUUUAUUUGCAGCGGCGUUUGUUUUUAUUUGCAAAGCGUUUCUUUUAUUAGCAGCGGCGUUUCUUUAUAUUUGCAGCAUUUCUUUUAUUUGCAGCGGCGUUUGUUUUUAUUUGCAGCGGCGUUUGUUUUUAUUUGCUGCGUUUAUUUUAUUUGCAGCGGCGUUUGUUUUUAUUUGCAAAGCGUUUCUUUUAUUAGCAGCGGCGUUUCUUUUUAUUUGCUAGUUUCUUUAAUUUUCAGCAAUGGCGGGUCUCGGCCACCGUAUGAACAAGGUCCAAUCAUUCCACUCCCUGAUUGUCAAAAGACUUAUUUACACAAAAUCGAUGUCACAAACGAACCUGUUGGACUGAAGGAGGCUCCGCUGGCUCGCCAAUUAUUUGCAUUUUUUGUUUUGCAAAGUUGCUAAAGUUGGAUUGGAAUGGUGAUAACUGUCACUUUACCCCAACUGACCUGAAACAUGACGAAACAACAGUUGUGAGCGUUUUUACGAGCCUGUAAAGAGGGUAUUUUUAAAUACCCUCCUGACCCAUGCCUUUUCUUUCGUUCCCUCUUUUGUUUCUGGCUCUCCGGCGGGCGGGUGGACCUGACUGCCAUGUUUGUUUGCUAUCAAGCUGUGGAACAGUGAGACAUAGUGGCCAGUUCAAACAGCACCUUUAGAGUUUCUUUAGACGGCCUGCAAGCUUUUAAACAACAAUAAACUGUGGCCAACGUGACAGAUGCCCCUGCUCCCCUGCCGGAUGUUGCAGGUAACGUCUCUGGGAGCAGGAGUCGACGCGUCGCUCUGGACUGGACGUCUCUGCAAAAACCCUGUCCCGGGAUUUAUUACUCCACGGCUGCUGCCAUGGAACUGUUGUGGACUCUCUCUAAGAGAGACGGGCACAAAAAGGACUUCAAUUUGUACAAGGGAAUUAAAAAGAAAAUAAAAAUUAUUGUUUUUAUAUAUACUUGCAUUUGCUUCAAACUAAACGGGGAUGUAAAAAUAAACAAGUGUUUAUUACUAUUACCAACAUGUAUGCCACUAUUAAUGCUAUAAUUACACUUCCACCACCACCACCAGAACGGAUCAUGAUAUGAACUAAACGAAGCAAAUUUUGUGUUUUUAUUUACUUUCUUACUGAUGCUGGUUCGUUCCGGAGCCUUUUCAUCAUCUCUGCUGAUGCAGGUCCAGCUAGAGUCGUGGAGACGAUGGAGCAGGAGCUGAGCCGUCACACCGGCCACGCUCACGGGAUGCUUUUAAUUCAGAAUUAAUUAUUCCCAAUUAUAUAAUUCAGAAUUAAACUAUUUUCCUUCAAGUUUACAUGGAAAUAGUAAUUCUGAAUUGAGGUUUACAUGGAAAACACGUUUGAUGGUCUUUCUCCAAUUCCUCUACAGGUCUGGGGGUUGGGAAGGUUCUGAUUGGAUAGGGGGGGGACCGGAAGUUAAACUACCGGAAGAAAAACUAACUUAGCCGCUACAACUUUGAAAAGCUCACAAUUUUGAUGUUUCCUGUUUCCAUCUGUUCUUUUAAUUGUUUCCAGGUCCUCCAAGCUAUUUAUUAAAUAAAUGGUCUCUGCUCUUGAAACUUUGUUUGGAAAACCAGCCCAGCGCGGAAUAUAAGCGUCAUGGAGACAGACGGGCGAGGGAACGAGCAGAAAGAAAGACCGGAAUUAAUUUAAAGAGGAAUGAGUUUAUACAUGAUCACGGAAAUAUUCUAUUCGGAUUUAAAAUCGGAAUAAACCAGCCACUUACUUCGGAAUUAAGUUUAAUUCGGAAUGGCCAUUUUCAUUCGGAAUUAGGUGUUUACAUGAUCAUUUUUACUCAUUUUAAAUCAGAUUUAAUUUUAAUUCUGAAUUAAAGAGUAAUUUAACUUCCCACAUAAACAGUCAGAGCGGGCUCCCUGGUCUGGGAGGUGCCCGUUCCCCGCUGGGCCCCGGGCAGCCCGACGCUGCUUCGCCUGCUGCAAAAUCACGACGACUUCAAUCAUUCAUUUCCCUUCGGGGUAUUUUUAAAAACAUUUUUUUUGAAAUUGUGACUCAGCUUUAUAUUGCAUUGACCUUGUGCUUUUGUCAGUCAAAGGUAGUAGUACUGCUUGCACUAGAGACAUGUUGCCAUGGCGAUGGGGGAGGAAGGGCUGCUCCUUCCUCCUUAAAGGACAAUGCAUCACCACUAGUGUCAUAAGCAACAGUAACAGAUCAAAACUUGAUGUGGAUGUUUUCUCAUUGGUUGUGAGUUUUAGUACUCUUUUAGAGGACUUUUCUGUGUAUGUGUGUUAACAAAGGUUGGAAGGUACCUUUUAAUCAUUUUACAGGAAAAACAAACUGCAGAAACUUUACACAAAGUUAAUAUCAUGUGCUACCAUUCUUUUCUUUCCCCAGAAACACUUCAGAUGUCAGUGUUUGACUGGUUUAACUUUGUUUUGAAGACUGAGGAGUUCCACUUAUCCAUACAUCAAUAUUAGUCUCAGAGAAAGUAAUUUAUGUACAGUGUUUCUACAGUAAAGAAUAAAAAUUCUUGAAACAA